AUCUCAUUUAAAAUCGGAAACUCACCUCAAACAAGUUUGAGUUGUUUGAAAUACAAACCUCAGCCGCUGGCAACGCAGACUGAGACUGAGGGCAGCGAUAAGAUUAAGCAAAAUUCAAACCAUAUAUGACUUAGCCGGCGCGAUCGAAUCGUAUUAUAAAGAUAACUGCAGUCGGCGGCAAAUGAACUUGCUCUUCAUUUUGCGCUGCAUUUGAAUAAAAAAAAUUCAGGUUCUUUUUCAUGUAUAAAGGCAACAUUCGUUUAUUGACUGUCGCGCGCUUAAAAUAUAUAUCACAAAAAUGACCGAUAAUGAAAUGGCAACACAAAGAGAGCCAAAUGGUGUGGCCUUAACUGAUCAGCAACCCAAAACAUUGGAACUAAAUUUUCAAGAAGUUAAUUAUACUUUACAAAAUGUUAUAAAGGGCCCCACACAAAUUUUAAAGCAGGCAUCUGGCACUCUAAAGUCUGGACGAUUGACAGCAAUUUUAGGUCCCUCGGGUGCGGGCAAAUCAACAUUGUUGAAUGUUCUGGCGGCAUUUAAAAUUAAUGGCGUAGACGGGCAGUUUUUAAUAAAUGGAAAACCUCGAGAUAUAAUGGCAUAUCGCAAAAUGUCCUCAUAUAUACCACAAAAUUAUGUAAUGCUAAAUCUAUUGACCGUUGAGGAAACGUUAAGAGUUUCAGCUGACUUGAAAUUACCAAGAAGUACAACUACCGAAGAAAAACAAAAGAUUAUCAAUGAGAUAAUGGAUAUAUUGCAAUUAAAAUGCUGUAGACAGACUUUGGUACGAAAUAUUUCUGGUGGUGAGCAUAAGCGUUUAUCCAUUGGCAUUGAGUUGAUCACAAAUCCGCCAAUAAUGUUUUUUGAUGAGCCCACAAGUGGCUUGGAUAGUGUGGCUAGUUAUCAGGUCAUUUGUCAUUUACAAAGUUUAGCGAAACUUGGUCGAAUUGUGGUUUGUGUGGUCCAUCAGCCAAGUUCCAGAUUGAUGCGUUUAUUUGACGAUGUUUUAAUAAUGGCGCAUGGAGAAGUUCUGUAUGCUGGUGAACAAAAGGAUAUGCUCACGACUUUCAGUCAAUUUGGCUAUAAUUGUCCUCAGUAUUAUAAUCCAGCAGAUUUUGUUCUCGAAGUGGGUAGUGAAUCGUCGUCUACGCAACGUUGUGAGGAUUUGAUCCUUCAAAAUAAAUUAAGACAUUCCAUUAUUGAUAAAAACUCAUGUAAAUUCCAUAUAGAUGAAAGUGCAGCACUUUUAAAUAUGCCACCUACUACUUUGACGCAUUCUCAGGAGUUAGGCAAUAUGCAUUUGCUGAGACUUAAGGAACGAGUUGGCUUCUUUUAUCAAUUGAAGAUUCUAUUGAAGCGUCAUUUGCGCUCAAUGUCCCGAGAUAUGAUGGCCGUACAAUUACGAAUUUUGAUGCAUAUUAUAGUGGCUUUGUUGCUGGGCGUGGUUUAUUGGCAAAUUGGAAAUGAUGCCUCGAAAAUUGUAUCGAAUGUUUCCUGUUUAUUCUUCAUUAUAUUGUUUGUAUUUGCCGGUAAUGCGAUGCCUUCGAUAUUAUUAUGCAUUCAGGAUUCGGCGGUGUUUAUCAGAGAAUACUAUAAUGGCUGGUAUUCGUUGAGAGCGUAUUAUAUAUCCAAAGUAUUGGCUGAUUUGCCCUUACAAUUGAUAUGUCCAACACUUUUCAUAUCGAUUGGUUAUCUGAUGACUGGUCAGCCACCGGAACUAUUUCGUUUUGUAAUGUGUUGGGGUAUUUUGGUGAUGACUUCGUUUAUAGGACAUUUCAUUGGGGUAGUAGCUGGUACAUCGUUGACCAUGCAAUUGGCCAUUUUUAUAGUUCCCUCCGUGGCGAUACCGUUUCUAUUGUUUUCCGGCUUCUUUAUUAGAUUAAGAGAGUUAUCGUGGUUCCUGCGUCCGAUAUGUGAUAUAAGUUUUUUUCGUUAUAUUUUUGAGGGCCUUUUGAGAGCUAUCUAUGGCUAUAAUCGUGGAGAAUUGGCUUGUAGUGAGGUAUUCUGCUUUUAUCACUCAUCUGAGCAAUUUCUAAAAGAUUUCGAUAUGUUGGGUGAUCAUUAUAGUUGGGAUAUAACAGUUUUAAUGGGUUUUGUAUUGGUAUUAUUGCUAGCAUUCUAUAUAGCUUUGCAAGUCUCUAUAAAAAGAGCUCUAAGAUGAUUUCCGUUAUACUUAUGUAUGUGUAAAUUAAAAUA